AGGGCGAGAGCACGUGGCAUACAGGGUGUGAAGAGUGAUGACCUCGUGUUUUUUAUGGGAUACUGCGCGGUUGACAUGUGGGAAUCCUUCUCUUACGUAUGCAGAGCAACUCGGGGGGCAUGGUUCGAACACGGAUUUCCCUGAUUUUGUGUUCUGGUUUUGUAGGUGUCAAGUCUGGGGAUGGAAUCGUUUGUCUUGAUGACAGAGAGGGUGUGGCGAAUGGACAAACAGUGGAUUCAGGGAAGGAACGUUUUCUCGUGGUUGCUUUUUUGGGGGGUUUUAGGGUCCUGCGGUUUCACAGUUUCACAGUUUCAGGCACGAAGUAUAGCAUGGAGCGUCUCUGGCUAUUUCUUUUCUGGGCUAAGAGAGAGAGAAGGAGAAAAGGAAUGAAAAUGAAGAGAUGAUGGUAGUCUGACCUUAGUUUCGUGUGUUUCUUGAGCUCGGAAAAGGUUACAAUGAGCAGUAGUGAAGUGUCGGCUCAGAUGCAGGACUUGCAACUGUAUGAGUUCAAG